AUGCCUGAUUUAUCCUUCGUAAUACUGGCUUCUAAGGGUGCCCCAGGCACCAGAUCCAUAGCCAUAUUGAGCACGGCUUCUGCUUAUGAGGUAGAGGACUUGUUGCGCGACGUUCAAAGGCGACUGAAUUUCCAGGCCUUAGAAGAACUGAACAACGAGAAUAUUGGUAUGAAUCAGCUCUGGGAGGUCGAGUUGUUUGACACCCGAAGGAAUGGUGCUACAUGGAUUAUUUGUUCUACUACAGCCCACAAUUGGAAAUACUUUGAUCUCGCCGAGAUCCCAGCCUGA